GCGCACGGUGAGCGGCGGGACCAUGGAGGCCGUGCCGCUGCAGGACUUCGUGCGCGCCCUGGACCCCGCCUCCCUCCCUCGCGUGCUACGGGUCUGCUCCGGGGUCUACUUCGAAGGCUCCAUCUACGAGAUCUCUGGGAAUGAGUGCUGCCUCUCCACAGGGGACCUGAUCAAGGUUACCCAGGUUCACCUCCAGAAGGUGGUCUGCGAGAACCCGGGCACGGGUCAGACCAUGGAGCUCGCCCCCAACUUCCAGGGCUACUUCACUGCCCUCACCAGCCCCCAGAGCUACGGAACCCUGGAGGAGCUGGUCUCUGCCGCAACUUGGAGCUCCAAGCGGCUGCCCAUUUACUUCAUGUCGACACACAGGAUCAUCACGGAGGCCAGGGUGGUGACGGAGGACCAGCUCCUCAUUUUCGAGGCUGUGGAAAUGCACCUCAGGACCCGCUGUGCCCGCUGUGUCCUGGGAUCCGGGGACCAGCAAGUCGUCCUCCACCUGCCCCUAUCGCAGAAGGGGCCCUUCUGGACGUGGAAGCCCAGUGCCCCUCACACCCUGCUCCAGGUCCUGCAGGACCCAGCUCUGGAGGACCUCGUCCUCACCUGUCCCACCCUACCCUGGCAUCUCCUGGUCCUGAGGCCCCAGUAUGAGAUCCAAGCCAUCAUGCACAUGCGCAGGACCAUCGUCAGGAUCCCCUCCACCCUGGAGGUUGACGUGGAGGAUGUCACUGCCUCCUCCCAGCACAUCCACUUCAUCAAGCCGCUGCUGCUGAGCGAGGUCCUGGCCCAGGGAGGCCCCUUCCCCCUGUCCGUGGAGAUCCUGGAAGCUCCAGAGGGGCCCCCCAUCUUCCUCGGCCCGUGGGCGAGGUCCUUGCGCAAAGGCCAGAGGCUUUGCAUCCACGGGCUGGCCUCACCACCCUGGCGGCUCCUGGCCUCAAGCAAGGGCCGGAAGGUGCCCAGACACUUCAUGGUCUCCGGGGCCUACCAGGGCAAGCUGCGGCGGCGGCCGAGGGAGUUCCCCACGGUCUAUGACCUCCUGGGUGCUUUCCAGCCAGGCCGGCCGCUCCGGGUGGUGGCCACAAAGGACUGUGAGGGUGAGACGGAGGAGAGUCCUGGGUUCAUGUCUCUGUCUGUGGGUGACCGGCUGGAGGUGUUGGAGUCUGGCCAGACCUACGGGGCCCAAGGCGAGGACACAGAUGUCUUGGUAUGUCAGCGACUGAGUGACCAGACUGGGGAGGAAGAGUGUGAAGAGGAGGCCGAGCGCCAAGAGCAGAUCCUGCUGCCCCUCUACUUCCCUGGCAGCUUUGUGGAGGAGAUGAACGACAGCCGGCGCUACAGCCUGGCAGAUCUGACUGCGCAGUUCUCGCUGCCUUGUGAGGUCAAGGUGGUGGCCAAGGACACCAGCCACCCCACUGACCCCCUGGCCUCCUUCCUGGGCCUGCAGCUGGAGGAGAAGAUCACAGAACCCUUCCUGGUGGUGAGCCUGGACUCCAAGCCUGGCGCGUGCUUUGAGAUCCCUCCCCGGUGGCUGGACCUGACUGUUGUGGAGGUUGAGGGGCAGCCAGGCUGCCCAGCUGGGGCCCUUCCUGUGGCCACCGUGGAGGAGCUGACGGACGCCUUCUACUAUCGUCUUCGGAAGUUACCAGCCUGUGGGAUCCAAGCCCCCCCGCCCAGACCCCCCAAAAGUCAGGGCCUCAGCAGGCACAGGAAACAGAGCAGCGAGGACAGAGGCGCCAAGUCUUCUCAAGUCUUAGAACUGCAGGAACCCCCUCUGCUGCCCAAACCCAAGGCGAAGACCUUGCCAGAGUUCACCAAGGACAGCUUGAGUACGUACAGCAAGAUUUCUGCCAACAAGGGCCGCAGGCCCACCAAGUCCAAAACGCGGGAUGCAGACGAGGAUGAACACGAUUAUGAAGAAGUACUUGAGCACUUUCAGAAAACCCUCUAGGUGCUGGAGGAACCAUGCUUCCUAACUGCUGCUUCUCAGGGAAUCUGACACACCAGCCAACCCUUACAAGCCUCUAAAAGACCCUGGACAAGGUCUUGCAGAAAUCAGACUGCAGACAGGGAAUGGCUUUGUGGGGACUGAUUUGAAAUGGGAUGGCUUCCUUUGGGUUCUAGACUGAGGGCUGGCUUAUCUGGGCCUGGCACGCCCUCAUCCUGACCUUUGGUAUCCAGAGGAGCGAGCUACGUUCCACUCAAUUCUGCACCCUGACCAGUGGUCCCAUUGGCUGGUGCAGAGAGGAAUCGAAGAGGCCACCAACCUUGAUGAUGGCAGCACAGUGCCAACUACUUCUCGGUAAAGGGGAUUCAGUCCUGAUCAUACUGCACUGACAUUCUUUUUAAAAUGUUUGCCACCCACCUUUCCCUCCCUUGUGCUCCCGCCCGCCAGGCUUUAAGCACCUGGGGGACCAGAACUGUGUCUUCCUCAUCUCUGUAGCACUUAGCAUGUGGGGGCUGAAUGAAUGAAUGUGGAAACCUCGCUUCAGGAGCAGAAUAUUAGGACCUUGCCCCCCAAAAGCUGGUAGUGAAAUGAGGGGAUCCAGUUCAAGAUCUUUAUGGAGAUCUGAGGCUGUGAAAAACUGGCAGGUUUCAUCGGGUGGUGCUAAGAUAUUGUCAAGAGUUGUGAUUAUACAAGAUUACUUCAUUCUGAAACCACAGAAUAAAAAUGACA